UGGUCCACAGACUCCCACAGCCUCUAUUUGUCACCAGUCCCUGGGCUCCAUGAAAACAGUGCUGCACCGAGUUCCGCGAUAGUGCCACCCUCGCAUCCACGAUACUGCGGUCCUCUCCCCUCCCCUAGCGGAGGCGGGGUCGCACGCCCACGCAGAGCAUUAAGGUUGUUGCUUGCUGCGACAGGUGUGGCGGGACCAGGAGCUCCGGGAGUGUCCAGGCAGCUGAGGUGGCCACGAUGUGCCCAGAGGGGGAGGGCCAGGGGCGGAGACUGGUCCUGCUCUAGGGCGCUGUCACCUGCCCAGAGGCGGAGCCAGGAAAGAAACCAGUCUUGCUGAUCUCAGACACCUGAGUCCAGAGAACCCCUCUUGACCAUGCAGGACGCAAAAGGAAUCGAAAACCCCGCUUUUGUCCCUUCCAGCCCGGACACCCCGCGCCGUGCGUCAGCUUCGCCCUCCCAGGUGGAGGUCUCUGCUGUGACCUCCAGGAACCAGAAUGGGGAUUCUCAGUCCCGGGAAUCUGAGGAGCCCCAGAAGUCAUCUGAGCCAUCUCUGCCUUCUUCAACUCCUCCAGCUUCCGAUGAGCCACCGGGAACACAGCUAUGCGAGCUGGAGGAGGGACCCUGCGGGUGGAGGGACUUCCACCCCCGGUGUCUCCAGCUCUGCAACACGCCCCAAGGCUUUCUUCUCCACUACUGCCUCUUGGCCCUCACGCAAGGUAUUGUAGUAAAUGGCUUAGUAAAUAUUAGCAUUUCCACCAUCGAGAAGCGUUAUGAAAUGAAGAGCUCACUGACUGGCUUGAUAUCAUCCAGCUAUGAUAUCUCCUUUUGCGUGUUGUCUUUAUUUGUAUCAUUCUUUGGAGAGAGGGGACACAAACCUCGCUGGCUUGCCUUUGCAUCCUUUAUGAUAGGACUGGGAGCACUGGUGUUUUCCUUGCCACACUUUUUUAGUGGAAGAUAUGAAUUGGGAUCCCCUUUUGAAGAUACUUGCCUAACAACAAGGAACACCACUGGGUGCACAUCGUCAUCCUCUUUGCUUUCUAACUACUUGUAUGUCUUUGUCCUGGGACAACUGUUACUUGGAACUGGAGGAACUCCACUCUACACCCUGGGAACAGCCUUUAUCGAUGACUGUGUGCCCACACACAAGUCUUCUCUUUAUAUAGGAAUCGGCUAUUCUAUGUCAAUCCUAGGCCCUGCCAUUGGCUAUGUGUUGGGUGGACAGCUGUUGAGAAUGUACAUUGAUAUUGCAAUGGGACAAAGUUCUGAUGUCACUGAGGAUGAUCCCCGGUGGUUAGGUGCCUGGUGGAUUGGAUUUCUUUUAGCUUGGCUCUUCGCUUGGUCUUUGAUAAUACCUUUCUCCUGUUUUCCAAAGUAUUUGCCAGGAACAGCAAAAAUUCAAGCUGGCAAAACAUCCCAGACUCAUCAGAGUAGUAGUACUUCCUUCCAACAUACAGAUGAAAAUUUUGGAAAAAGUAUUAAAGAUUUUCCAACUGCUAUAAAGAAUUUGAUGAGGAAUUCUGUCUUUAUAUGUUUAGUUCUAUCAACUACUUCUGAAGCAUUAGUUACUACGGGAUUUGCCACGUUUUUACCUAAAUUUAUAGAAAAUCAAUUUGGAGUGACAUCCAGCUUUGCAGCUACCCUUGGAGGGGCUGCUUUAAUCCCUGGAGCUGCUCUUGGUCAAAUCUUAGGUGGUGUUCUUGUUUCAAAAUUCAAAAUGAAGUGUAAAAAUACAAUGAAGUUUGCAUUGUUUACAUCUGGAGUAGCACUUACGCUGAGUUUUGUAUUUAUUUAUGCAAAAUGUGAAAAUGAGCCAUUUGCUGGUGUUUCUGAAUCAUAUAAUGGAACAGGAGAACUGGGGAAUUUGACUGCUCCUUGUAAUGCCAACUGCAGCUGUUUGCGGUCCUAUUAUUACCCACUCUGUGGAAGUGAUGGCAUCCAGUAUUUUUCUCCCUGCUUUGCAGGUUGUGUAAACUCGGUUUCAAGCAAGAAACCAAAGGUGUAUUACAAUUGUUCCUGCAUUGAAAGGAAAGCAGAAUUCACACCGACUGUGGAAAGUACUGACUUUGAAGCUAAAGCUGGAAAAUGUGAAACUCGGUGUGCAAACUUGCCCAUAUUUCUCGGCAUUUUCUUCGUUACGGUGACCUUUACCUUCAUGGCAGGUACUCCGAUAACUGUGUCUAUACUGAGGUGUGUCAAUCACAGUCAGCGGUCUUUAGCAUUGGGAGUACAGUUCAUGCUACUGCGGUUGAUAGGUACAAUACCUGGGCCAAUUAUAUUUGGUGUCACAAUAGACAGCACAUGUGUUCUGUGGGAUGUCAAUGAAUGUGGGAUAAAAGGAGCUUGCUGGAUUUAUGAUAACAUCAGGAUGGCCCAUAUGCUGGUAGCCAUAAGUGUUACUUGUAAAGUCAUCACCAUGUUCUUCAAUGGACUUGCGAUUGUCCUCUAUAAACCACCACCGCCAGGCACAGAGGUAUCGUUUCAAAGUCAGAAUGUCGUUGUGUCUACUAUUUCGAUAGAAGAGGAUCUCAACAAAGUAGAAAAUGAAGGAUGAAAAAGGAAAAGAGAUUGCUUUGGAAAACUGGCUCCUGUCUGUAAGAACAAACCGUGCCAAGUCACCAUUGUUUAGUCCAUGUAGACCAUAGCUUACAAAUCCAUGUUCUACGAUUGAGGGUGUGUGUUGUCUAUGUACAAGUGCCUUUUUUUUUACAAUGCAAACAAACAAGCAAAGCAAAGCAAAACAAACAAACAAAAAUUCGAGGCCUAUAUCUUUAAAGUUCACCAAAAGUCGCAAACCACACAGAUUCUUAUUGACUUCCAUUGUCUAGCUAUGAAAUCACCAAUGCAUGACAACAACAGUGGCCAACAACAAGUAACUAAAAAAUGACAGUGAAAACACAAAGGUGCACAAACACAAAUUAGAACAUCAGUUUUUGUUUUGCUUUUUGUAAGACCUCACAUACCCCCAGCUGCCCAGGAACUCAGGUAGCCAAGGAUGACAUUUGAUCCCUGAUCCAACUGGCACUACAUUUCAAGUAUUGGGGUUACAAGGGUAUGUCACCACCACUGGCUCACAUUGACAUUUUCAAAUUCUUUCUAUAACUAGUUACACUUCAAUUUUCAUUGCCGAUAAUUUCAAUUUAUUUGAGACGUUUACAGCAUAAAAAUUUAAGCUAAUCAGGUUUAUGUGAUGGAUUUGGGGAUCAGUUAUUUAAAACACAUGAAAUUCAAGGCAGCUUUACAUUGUAAUCUGUUUUUAUAUUCUAUCUCCCUUUCUGCCAUUUUUUUCAUAGUAAAUAACUGAACUGAUAGAAUGUAGGAUAGUUAUCUUCUUUGUGUGUCAGUACCCUUAUGGCCUUAGAAAUAUUAGCAUUGACUAUACAUAUUUUCAACUUAAAAUAAAACUUCUAGGAGGUUAUUUGUUAAUAUUGACUUUUAACACUAAAACGUAUGAUUCUGUCAUAGUAUUAUUUAAUUACAUAUUCAGAGGAAAGAACCAGUUCCAGUAAUGAAAAGUGCCAUGUAGACCUGAAAAGCUGUCACAAUGCAUUGUUGACAAAUGCUUAUGUAUUGAAUACUUCAAAUUUUAUUUUCCAGACUAAUCACUUAGCACAUUACUUAGAGUAACCUAAGCAGAGUUUCAUUUAACAAGCAUCGGAUAUUUAUUUAGUUAAAGUUUUAAAUUUUAUAAGGCAUCUACUGGAAGCAUAAGUAGUUCAUAUGCCUGACAUCGGAGGAACUAAAGUCCAUUGGUGUGGGUUCCUUACAAAUUUACUUAAAAUAGUGAAGAGAUUAUUUAGUGUCAGCAAAACUAACUCACUAUUGUGGAUACUAUUUCUAAAUAAGAAAAGCACCGGAAGGCUAAGGAUUCUGUGGAAUGCAAAGUCUAAAUCUGAUACUUGGUACUGAAAACUAAGAACUAAGGCUCGUUAUAUUUGAGUUGUUUUUGCAAAUCAAAGCUUCUGCUUAGUAAGCUUUGGUAUCAGGUUCCCCUGCCAGCCAGCACCCUUCACUCCCCUUUGUUCUUUAUAAACGUCAUAUAUCAGAUUCCCCAUCAGGACAACAUGAGCCCAGAGAAAAGACCUGGAAGAAAGUAGGAGCCAGGGCCAUUAGAAUUCACAGAAUUUAUGAUGCUAAGUCUGGUGGUAAUCUGGGUAGGGUCAAGGACCUCAGAACCUGAUAGCACUUAGAGGUUUAAAUUCAAGAAGCAGUGAUGAGCUAGGAGUUAGACUCGCAAGCGCCUUGACUAGUAAAUGCAAUCUCAGGAAACAGAGGGCUAGACCUGCUUAACUCAGGAACAUUCAUGUACCAAAAAAUUAAAUUAAACAGUACAACCAAAACCCAGAUAUUUGGGGAGAAGACACUUCUGUCAACUAAAGGGACAAUACAAGAAAGAUGGGAAAUGCACAUGAUACCUCAGGAGAGAAUAUUCAUCCCCAUCACCCAGGCAUGUUAUAAAUACUGCCUCCAUUAUGGCCAAGGGUAUUAGACGUUAGACUUUGUACAUCCUGUGUGUGGAAGCAUGGAAUCCAGUGGGAAAACUGUAAUAUAAUGGCAUUCUUGAGAAGUUUCAGUGAUGGAAAUAUGAAAUGAGGACAAGAAAGAAAACAGACGAUUCAUACAAACAGGUGAGUAUAUGGCCUUAACUUAGGGAGAAGAAAAUAAUGUCCUAAAUGUCUAGCAAACAGGUAAAUAAACAGUUGGCAUCCAUAAUGAUUAGUGUUCAUCAAACUGACAUUGUCUUCAGUGAACUCGGUUUUGAAGUAUUUCUUUUAUAUUUUUUAAACAAACUUCAAAUGGAAAUGGCUAAAGGGAACCAAUAAUUUUGGUAAAUACACUACUGUAAUCUUCAUUGUUUUCUACUGUAAAUUCAUGCAGAUUGUAUGUCAGUAUGCUGCUUUUAGAGUACAUGUUCAUAAUAUGUGUUGGUCACAGCUUAUAAUUAUUUUAAAAUAAAUUGCAGGUGGACCUGCUGUAAUUUUGUACUAUAUCUUACAAUUUGUCAUAUUUUAAUUUUCUUAACUGCAGAAAACAGAAAUAUAAUUCAUACACAUGAGAAAAUUGUAUACCUUUGACGUUGAUAUGUACAUUGGAAGAAGAUAUACAUAAAAUAUAGACCUAUUUUCUUUGUUGAAAGCAGCUCUGUAAAUAAUUCCUACAUGUAAUUUUCAUUAAACACAAUAUUUGUGUUA